AUGACCGACCAUUAUAUUGACAUCGAUAUGGUACAAUCCUAUAUAGCUUACUUAUACACAGAUUUUCGCUGGAACCCCGAUUCGUAUCAAAUGCACGGCAACGUGGACGAUAUUGAUGCACGUGACGAAACGGCGGGAGACGUCCUAUGUGUUACCUCAUACGUGCAAGGUAUGUACACUUACUUUCGCGAGAAGGAAGUCACCACCGCGGUACUACCGGUCUACAUGGAAAGCCAGCCACACAUCAACGAACGCAUGCGGUCGAUCUUGGUAGACUGGUUGGUGGAGGUCCACUUGAAGUUCAAGCUCGUUCCAGAAACGUUGUACUUGACUGUGAACAUUAUCGAUCGCUUUUUGCAAAUUCAUAAAGUUUCGCGGCCUAAGCUUCAGCUCGUCGGUGUGACCAGUCUGUUGAUUGCGUCCAAGUACGAGGAAAUCUAUCCACCGGAGCUCCGCGAUUUGGUGUAUAUAUGCGAUCGAGCGUACACACGUCCAGACAUCAUUGAAAUGGAGGAGUGUAUCCUGAAAACACUGGGAUACCAGAUCACGAUUCCUAGUGCACAUGCCUUCCUGGUCCGCUACUUGAAAGCUGGUCACGCCGACAAGAGAAUUGUUCAGCUCUCAUGCUAUAUUCUGGAUAGUACUCUCCAAUCGUACGAUCUUUUGCGUUAUCUUCCCAGCCAGCUCGCGGCUGCAGCCGUCUUUAUUGCCCGUCGGACUGUGGGACGCAAUGCCUGGAGUCCGACCCUCUUACGUUAUGCCGAGUACUGUGAAGAGGAAAUUAUCACAGUUGCGCGCGACGUGCUUAGAGAAAAGUCAAUCGCAAAUCCUGAGCUCCGAGCGGUGAAUAAAAAGUACAGCGGUCAUCGAUACGGCGGAGUUGCUUCGACCGUUCUGGUAUUUGACUUUUAAAAGUACCAGCAGAUCGUUUACUUCCACUUCAUUGACUCCGGAUACACGGCAGGCAGCUUUGCCUUCAGUCGAUAUACGCCGAGAGAAGUCGCCAGCUGCACGUUGUCCAUGUAGCCAGCCCUCUCGCUCCCAGCUUACGAUUCAAUUCGUUCAUAGUCAAUCAUCAAGGGUCCGACAAUGGUUCGGGCACUAAUUUAAAAACCAUCAACAUUAC